AUGAAGGCUUUGAUCCCCGGAGCCAUUACGAUCCUUGCUAUCUUUUGGAUCAACGCAUCCCACAUCUUUGGUCUCUUCCAUAAUCAAGGCGAAUACGUCAAGCAGGCGAAAGCUGCCCUUGCUGACUUCGGUGGUGGUGACUUCGGUACAGCACUGCGGAUUGCGGCAGGGGCGAACAAUCAAUCCUACGAGUUCCCGACCUAUAUCAACGUCGAUGCCUCAACAUCUCCAGAUCAGAUCAGGCAGGAUGUCUUCGAUGGGAAGUACUGGGCCGCGAUUGUCGUCCAACCGGGAGCAACGGCUCGAUUUGACGAAGCUGUCAACGGCACCACCCCUUCAUACGAUCCUAACGAUGUCUACACCUACUAUCUCUUGACAGCCAGAUACUACACGUUGUAUGCCGGUGGCAUACAGUCAUCAAGCAUCACUACCGCAGGCGCAGCCGCCGGAAUAUUCAGCGCACAAUUUAUCGGACCCAAACUUGGCAGCGGCGAAUUCGCAAACACAACCGUAUCCCUGAGCGCGCUGACGACUCCAGCACGAGCUGUCGGUGCCAGUGCAUCGAUCCACAAUUUCAGCGACAUGGACGAUAAAGCCUUCAACACCAUUGGGGCCGUCUUCCCAAUCCUGAUGCAAUUUUUCUUCAUCAUGGCUUGGAACGGUAUUUGCAACGGUAUGCAUCUCUACGCCGCCUACGAUGUCAAAACGCAUAUCUCCGCCCGGCUCUUCUGGAGUAUCUUCUGGCCUCCUCUCAUUUGUGGUCUCUGUUCCACAGGCUGGAUGUACGCAUUCCGCGGCUCCUACCCCUUGGACGCAAAGAUGUUUUUCGAAACCUGGGCUGCCACUUGGAUGUUUGCCAUGAUCAGCUUCGAUGUCUUGGACGUUAUCACUGGCUUCGUGCCCAUUACGUUUGUCACGUUUUGUUUCCUAACCUGGGUUGUUUUCAACGUCGCUGCUGCCAUCGGUGCACCUGACCUCCUCGACAACUGGUAUCGCAUUAAUUACUUCUUCCCGUCGCUACAUUGGUAUCAGACCCUCAUCACAAUUAUCACGUCUGAUGCUGUCAACAAGCUGCAUUACACUCUGCCGACGCUUGCAGGCUGGCUUAUUUUGAUGAAGGCUCUGUCACCAUUUGCAACCAGGUACCGGAUCAACAAGGCGAAGCACGUGUUCCGGUACUUGCACGAGAAGGAUGCCCUCGAUGCUCCACACUAA